GUUUUUCAAAAGAACAAAAAAUAAGUGCAAAAAGUGCAGCAAAAAUUGCGUUUUUACACGUAAACCUGGCGAAUUAGUCAUCUAUUUAUUUACGACGAACAAUUCUUCUAGUGCAGCAGCCACACCAUGCAUCAAGGUGAUCAGCAGCAGUUCUUUGCCGGUGCUCCACCGUACCCGCAGCAGCAACCGGGAUAUAAUGUGGGUUUCGCACCCCAACCGGGCAUGAUGCAGCCCGGGUUCCAUCCGAGCGCAUUCGUCCCACCACCGGAACAAACUGGGUACGCUCAUUACGAUCCGGAAUCGGGAACAGCCAAAGGGUUCGAUUUCAGCGACCAAUCCAUUCGGCGAGGUUUCAUCAAGAAGGUUUACUCGAUCCUGACGGUUCAACUAUCGAUCACGUUCGUGUUCGUGGCAUGGGUACUGAACCAUGAACCCACGCGACUAUGGGUGAGACAGCAUCCGGGGAUGUACUGGAUUGCUUUUAUCGUCAUGAUUGGAGCCCUGAUUGCGAUCGCUUGCUGUGGUGACCUGCGCCGUAAGGCACCGAUGAACUUCAUCUUUUUGGGCCUGUUUACCUUCGCCGAAUCCUUCCUCGUGUGCGUUAUUACUGCCAACUACAACUCGCAAGAGGUGAUGUUAGCUUUCGGUAUUACGGCCGCCGUCUGUCUUGGAUUGACGCUGUUUGCGUUCCAAACCAAAUGGGACUUUACCAUGAUGGGUGGCAUCCUGUUCGUGGCCGUGCUGGUGCUGAUGCUGUUCGGUAUCAUUGCCAUGUUCUUCCCGGGUAAAACAAUCACGAUCGUGUAUGCGUCGGCCGGCGCCCUGCUGUUCUCCUUCUAUCUCAUCUACGACACCCAGAUCAUGCUCGGCGGCGAUCACAAGUACUCGAUCAGUCCGGAGGAGUACGUGUUUGCCGCGCUGAACCUCUACCUCGACGUGAUCAACAUUUUCCUCCACAUUCUCUCCAUCAUCGGGGCCUCGAGAAACUAACCGGGUGGCGGUAAGACAGGGCAAGAGGACGAGCACGUGGUGCGUGUGUUUCUUACACGAUUACCAACCGAUAUUUGUGUGUAGUUGCUCUUCAGUAGCUCCCCUCUUCGUGUGUGCUCCGGUCGCUAAAAAAAAAACAAUUUUAUCCUCCAUCUAUGUAACGGAACG